AGCAACCAAUAUCCCGAGGCAUCUGUGACAAUAAGCUGUCGUUUAAUUCAAACAUAUUGAUUAAUUGAACAAUAGAGGCUGCCUUGACUUCUGGUUGCUUGACAGGAAAAAAAUUGAUAAUCGUAAAUUAAGCAUUCAGUGGACGAAACAGAAAUUAUAUCACAGAAUCAAAUCAUGGAUAAUGAACAGAACCGAAGCUCUUCCAACUAUGACGUAAAUUCAAAUCGAGUACGAAAGUCCCUUUUUGUUCUAAAUUCAGGAAAGUCAAAUUUAAACGUAAAUGCCGUAUCAUUUCCCUCGGCUACCCGUCUGCCGUCUUGUCAUAGUCGAUCAUGUUUUAAAGCCGGCCUUCCCAGUGGUUUAGUAAUUCAAUGUAAUCCGAGAAUUUGGCGCAAUAUUUCUUGUCGUAAUUUCGAUUCACACGAUGAUUUAUCAAGACAACCAUCCACACAUCAUCGACGACAUAGUGAAUGCAACAUUGCCCAUCGUGCACAUCGUCCGGUCGUGCUACCCAAUGGAAUUUUUCAAUUGACUUUACGUGAUGGAAUAAAAAUUGAUAUAACACUGGAUAAAGCGGUACGGCUGACAAACGUCUUCCGUGGAAUUGAUGUAUCAAUUGAUGCAAAGGGAACAUCUUCUUCGAUUACCCAUCCGAAUGGGAAAGUGAAUCAAUACGGAUCUGAGGUGGAGGUAGUUUGUUACGAUGGUACGAAUAGAAACGACUUCGUUCGAUAUGCGAAAUUCUGGGAAAAGGGAAUCAGCUUCACAUCAUCAGCAUCAGCGCUUGUCUAUCGUAUCGAUUCGGGCGGUGUUCGUUCAACGGGUGACACUAUAACCGAUUUACAAACGGAGCAUACAGUUUUCAUAUUUCUAUGUGGAUCACGUCAUGGUCGCAAAUAUUUCACAGAAGCUAUGAGACUCGUUAGUCAGUCGACACACACUCGAUACGAUGAUGGAACGGACGAGAUUGUUAUAAAUGGAAUUCGGAUAACCCAAAAACCGUACGGUGUGGUGAAGAUUCAUCGAUUGGACAACAAUGUCGUAAUUAGUACAAAUACGGAAAACUGCUCGUAUACAUUAACCACGCCGGAGAUUCACAGUACGGCAGCAAUGAAGGAUACUCCUCAUUUGUUUGUGAGACGAUCGACACAACGUGUUCACUUCAAUGGAUCGUGUUUCCUCGUUCGCUUUGACGGUAAUUCAGCAGGAUUUGACGAUACUAAUCGGCUAAAAGUCUAUUGAAAUUUGAGAACAUCAACGGAAAUAUUAAAUUUUUUUGUCGAAA